UUUUCUUCGCGCAAUUGAUCCACGUUCUUGCCUUAUCCACCAGAGACACUCAAAGCAGGAGAUACAAGACAAAUGCGGCUACUACUACUCUUAGGGCUUUUGCUGCUACAGGCGCCGCUGCUUGCGAGCGCGCAGUUUGAUUUCUUUGAACAUAUGUUUGAAGGCGCGGCCGGCGGCGGGGGUGGCCAUCAUCGGCAGCAGCACGGCGGGAGCUCGCAGGGAAGUCCGCAGUGGUACGAGCAGAAUUACGAGACCGUCGAGUGCAAGGGAUACGUCUGUCAAGACACGUUAUCCUGCGUCAAGAGACCGAUUGAUUGUCCGUGCUUGUUCCCGGACUCGGAAGAGAAAUGUGUUUUGCCCGACAAGAAGAAUUAUGUUUGCAUAUCCAAGAACGGCAGGGGCUGCGGGUUCGUCGAGAAGGCUUGGAAGGGCGAGGUUUAGCGCUUGUGUGGGUUUAGAUGUAUAGUAUUCUUCGUAUUUACUUUGCUGUUUGUGUAUCUUGUCAUGAUUAAAAGGCGUUUUUGAAUACAA